GAAAGCUUAGAGGAUCACAGUUGGUGCUCCUGCUUCUUUUUAAAAGAUUGCUUCAGAUGGAUGAAUCCUCAAGACCUUGUCAUUCAUAUAAUGCCUUUUAUUGGUGAAAGGUGUUUUAAAAUGCCACGUUCCUUUUGGCAAAAAUCUGGUGAGGUCUGGCAUCAUUAACAACCCAUUGCUUUAUGCAAGAGAGGCUGAGUCUGGGGAAGAGGGAGUUCUUCUUGGAACCAUCCAGGUGGGAUUCAGAACAGUCUCCCAGAGCAAAUUCUCAGCUGGCUGUCAUCACCUCCUGGCUUUGAAUUCUGAAUCACAAAAGCAGACUAGGAUCCUCACAGCACCCUUCUUCAAGCAACUUUACAUGGACCUGUUGCCAUGGGAGAAGAGAUGGAGCUCAGUAAUGGAGGAUUUGCUCAAGAUGGGGCAGAGAUGGUUCCAAUGACCACAGCAAGCACCACCCAGGGGGAUAACCCUACAAAGCUGCCGCCUCUGCAUUUGCACAAACUUCGCAAUCUGGCAAUAGCUAGCAUCAUCUGUGGCUGUUCUUGCAUCGGAGUCCUUGCACUGAUCUAUGCCAUCAAGGCAAGUGAGAAGCAAAAAGCCGGUUCCCAAGAUGUUGCAGCUUACUGGGCCCGGAAAUCCCGGCUUAUGUCUGUCUUCAGCAUUGCUGUCUGGCUGUGCCUUCUCAUUCUGGUGCCCCUGUUAGUUAUCCUCGUCUCUUACAUCUUCGCACAAGCUGAAUGAUGACCCACACCAACAUGUGACUUUGAACUUCCAAGAUCUCUGUUUCUUACUGUAUUUUCCCCAUCAGGAUAUAUCCUAAGAGGUCAUUAAGCAAGACUGCCUGCCAUGGUGCCGUCUCAUUUCCGUUGGCUUUGUGAGCAUCAGAGAAGAGAGCAGUUGUUACUUUGUCUUGUAUUUGCAGACAUCUUAUUGGGGUGCAUCAAGGUCCUCCUUGGGGCACUUCUCAAUUGAAAACGUGCACACGCUGGAGAGCAGCUCUUUAGAGCUAUGGAGUAUCAAAAAACGGAAGCACAGGAUAUGCUUUCAUUUCCUUUUUGUGCUGUUUUCUUCCAUCAGAAACUAUCCUGCUGCUGUGGUCUGGUGUUUUUUUAAUCGUUGGUUGGAUGUCUAUUACGCAACAUGCUUUUGACUGAAUGGCUAAAACAACUUAGAAGACUUUGCUUGAAAUCCCUUCUUGGAUGUAGCCUCUUUUGGGUCCCACUGUUCUCCACCUCACUUGUUCAUGCAAUAUCCUAACCUCAUAGGAUUGUUGUGAGAGCAAAUAAAAUAAGAUAAUUCUGCACACGAGAGCUCUCCACAGGAAGAAAAUCAUUAUUGGCACUUGGAAUAGAGCAAGCUUCUCCAAUCUCUCUUGUUCGACUGCAAGUGCCAUCAUUCCCAGGUAGCAUGGACUCUGGUACAGAACUGUAUUUCUUAUUACCGUUAACUGUAAUGGACUUUUUGUUUCAUACCCUUUUUCAAAGAUAAGCCACUUGUAGUAAAUGCUACUUAGCCUGAAUACAGAUUCCUGUAAAAUAGCAAUGUGAAAAACUGGCACUGACAAUUCCCGCCACUCUGGCUGAUGUGGAUGAGCAGUAUCUUUUGUCAGAUCAGGUUUAUAGAUAGUUACAGUCUUUCAGCAAUGCAGGUAGAAUGAAGAAGGAUGUGCAUCGUGGCGCCUUAACAACCUGUUACAAGCUCAAGCUUUCGUAGGCUAGAGUCUAUUACAUCCGAUUCAUGAAGUGUUACCCUCUGUUGGCAUGAGAAUGUGCGCAAGUGUGUGUCUCUUUGAAAGGAUAUAAGAGACUAAUAAUAAUAAUCAGGAAGUUCAGCUAAAAAUAUCAUUAGGUUGAAUUGUACGUGAAUGCAAAAAUGCUACCUCCUUGUCAACCACAAGAAAGAAAGGGAGCAGUGGGUUGCAAACGGUGUGGGGGAAAGGCCUGCUCCAUUGUACUUCCUGUAAUGACUAACUAUACAACUGAGCACAAUC